ACUAUCGAACAGUCAGCAAAAUAGGCGAAGGGACCUUUUCUGAGGUGGUGAAGAUGCAGAGCCUUCAGGACGGGAGCUACUACGCAUGCAAACGGAUGAAGCAGCGCUUCGAGAGCAUGGAGCAAGUGAACAGUCUACGGGAGAUCCAAGCCCUGAGACGCCUGAAUCCACACCCAAACAUCCUCACGUUGCACGAGGUGGUGUUUGACAGGAAGUCUGGCUGCCUUGCACUGGUUUGUGAACUCAUGGACAUGAAUAUUUAUGAGCUCAUCCGAGGGAGGAGGCAGCCAUUACCAGAAAAGACAGUCAUGUGCUACAUGUACCAGCUCUGCCUGUCCCUGGACCACAUGCACAGGAACGGAAUAUUUCAUCGAGAUGUGAAACCUGAAAAUAUACUCAUCAAGCAGCUUGUCCUGAAGCUAGGGGACUUUGGCUCCUGCCGGAGCGUCUACUCCAAACAGCCGUACACGGAGUACAUCUCUACACGCUGGUACCGGGCCCCUGAGUGCCUACUGACGGAUGGCUUCUACACCUACAAGAUGGACCUGUGGAGCGCUGGCUGCGUGUUCUACGAGAUUGCCAGCCUGCGGCCCCUCUUCCCCGGAGCCAAUGAACUGGACCAGAUUUCCAAAAUCCACGACGUCAUCGGCACACCCGCACAGGAGACUCUCACCAAGUUCAAGCAGUCAAGAGCUAUGAAUUUUGAUUUUGCUUUUACAAAGGGGUCAGGGAUACCUCUCCCAGCAGCCAAGCUGAGCCCGCAGUGCCUGUCCCUGCUGCGCGCCAUGCUGGCCUAUGACCCGGACAUGCGCAUCGCUGCCCACCAGGCCCUGCAGCACCCCUACUUCCGGGAGCAGAGGGCAGCCGAGCGGCAGGUCAUGGCCUGCCAUCAGGAAGUGCUCCUCCCAGAGCACCCAUCAGCGCCGGAACCCCCCAGUCACAGCUGGCAGGUGGCUAAGCAGGCCACGAAGCAGAAGGCCCUGAAGCAGCAGGACAGUGCUCCUAGGAGAGUGGGCCUGGGCUGUGCUGGGCAGUCACCACAGGCGGGGCUCCUGUCACAGUCCAGCCCUCUGCUGCCCGCUGUGCUCGGUCCCCGGCCCUGCGGGAAAGCCCAGCUGGUUGCGCCGGCUGGCAGAGUCCUAGUGGCCCCCCUGGAACGGCCACAUGUCCUGUCUCAGGCGGACGCCCAGAGGGACGUGAGGCCUCAGCCAAGAUCCUGGCGCCUGCCCACCAUCGACAGGAAGGUGGGCCGCUACUGAGCUGCACAGCUGUCCUCCUGGGCUGGCAACUGUGGAGGGAAUGGCAGGCCCAGGUCCUGGCUUCACACACAGGAGGGCCGCCCAGGCUUCUGGCCUGUGCCACCCUGUGCCCAUCGGUGCCAUCUUCCCCCCUCAAGUCACUUUGCCGUCGGG